AACGCCUUCUCCUUCCUGUUCUACUCUUCAUCUUUUUACUUCCCUCCUGAGACAGGGCAGAUAAAUUCUAGAACAAAACGAGAAUGCUAAGGUUGCCACUCUCACUUCCUCUCACCCUUUAGCCAAACAUCUUUGAAUACAGAGCUUGCGGAGGGGCACCCAUAGAGAGAGAAGAGCCAGGUGCCCCAGGGACUCUGCCCUGCACGGUUACAGUUCGUCAUGCUUUCUCACGGCCUCCACUGGUUGCAGAAAAUGCCAGGAUGAUGCCUCCCUUGCUCCUGGCUGGAACUCUGAUCAUGGCGUUGUUCCUCUCCUGCCUGAGAUCUGAAAGUUUGGAUCCCUGCGUAGAGGUGGAUCCUAAUAUUACAUACCAAUGUAUGGAACAGAAUCUCAACAAAAUCCCUGAAAACAUCCCCUCUUCAACCAAGAACUUAGAUCUGAGCUUCAACCCCCUGAAGAUCUUAGGAAGCCAUAGCUUCUCUAAUUUUUCUGAACUUCAAUUACUGGAUUUAACCAGGUGUGAAAUUGAGACAAUAGAAGAUAAGGCAUAUCAUGGCCUAAACCAGCUCUCAACCUUGAUACUGACAGGAAACCCUAUCCAGAGUUUAUCCGUGGAAAGCUUUUCUGGAUUAACAAGUUUAGAAAAUCUGGUGGCUGUGGAGAUACAACUGGCUUCUCUAGAAAGCUUCCCUAUUGGACAACUUAUUGCCUUAAAAAGACUCAAUGUCGCUCACAAUCUUAUACAUUCCUCCAAGUUACCAGAAUAUUUUUCUAACCUGACCAACCUACAACACUUGGACCUUUCUAAUAACUAUAUUCAAACUAUUUACCACAAAGACUUACAGGUUCUACGCGAAAAUCCCCACUUCAAUCUCUCUUUGGACCUGUCUUUGAACCCAAUUGACUUCAUUCAACCUCGUUCCUUUCAAGGAAUUAGGCUACAUGAACUGACUCUGCGAAGUAAUUUUAAUAGCACAAAUGUAAUGAAAACCUGCAUUCAAAACCUGGCUGGAUUACAAGUCCAUCGGUUGAUUUUGGGAGAAUUUAAAAAUGAAAAGCAUGUAGAAAGAUUUGACAAUUCUGUCAUGGAAGAACUGUGCACAUUGACUAUUGAUGAGUUCCAUUUAACAUAUACAGAUCACUUUUCAGAUGACAUUACUGACUUCAAUUGCUUGGCAAAUGUUUCUGCAAUGUCUCUGGCAAAUGUAUAUUUAAAACACCUCGAAAAUAUUCCUAAACAUUUCAAGUGGCGAUCCUUAACAGUCACUAGAUGUGAGCUUAAGCAGUUUCCACCUCUGGAACUACCCUUUCUUAAAAGUUUGAUUUUAACUACCAACAAAGGGGCUACCAGUUUUGAGGAAGUGGAUCUGCCAAGUCUCACAUUUCUAGAUCUCAGUAGAAAUAGCCUGAGCUUUAGUGGUUGCUGUUCUGAUUCUCAUUUGGGAACAAACAGACUGAAACACUUAGACCUCAGCUACAAUGGUGUCAUCCGUAUGAGUUCAAACUUCAUGGGCCUAAAAGAACUGGAAUACCUGGAUUUUCAGCAUUCCACUUUAAAAGAGGUCUCAGAAUUCUCAGUGUUCUUAUCCCUUGAAAAACUCCUGUACCUUGAUAUCUCUUACACUAACACUAAAAUUGGCUUUGAAGGCAUAUUUCUUGGCUUGAUCAGUCUCAACACCUUAAAAAUGGCUGGCAAUUCUUUCAAAGACAACACACUUUCAAAUGUCUUCACAAUUACAACAAACUUGACAUUCCUGGAUCUCUCUAAAUGCCAGUUGCAACGUGUGUCUUGGGGUGUGUUUGACACACUCAAUAGACUUCAGUUACUAAAUAUGAGUCACAACAACCUCCUGGUUUUGGACCCAUUCCAUUAUAAACAGCUGCACUCCCUGAAGACUCUGGAUUGUAGUUUCAAUCGCAUAGAGACAGCCAAAGGAAUACUGCAACAUUUUCCAAAUAGUCUAGCCUUCUUAAAUCUUACUAAUAAUUCUCUGGCUUGUACAUGUGAACACCAGAACUUCCUGCAGUGGGUCAAGGACCAGAGGAUGCUCUUGGUGAAUGCUGAACAAAUGAAAUGUGCAACACCUGUAGACAUGAAGGACUCCCUGGUGUUGAAUUUUAGGAAUGCCACAUGUUAUAUGCACAAGACCAUCAUCACUGUGUCAGUGAUGAGUGUGCUUGUGGUGACCACUAUAGCCUUUCUGAUCUACAAAUUCUAUUUUCACCUGGUACUUAUUGCUGGCUGUAAGAAGUACAGCAGAGGUGAAAGCAUCUAUGAUGCCUUUGUCAUCUACUCAAGCCAGGAUGAGGACUGGGUGAGAAACGAGUUGGUAAAGAAUUUAGAAGAAGGAGUUCCCCCAUUUCAGCUCUGUCUUCAUUACAGAGACUUCAUUCCUGGAGUAGCCAUUGCUGCCAACAUCAUCCAGGAAGGCUUCCACAAGAGCCGGAAGGUUAUUGUGGUGGUGUCUAGACAUUUUAUACAGAGCCGCUGGUGUGUCUUUGAAUAUGAGAUUGCUCAGACAUGGCAGUUUCUGAGCAGCCGCUCUGGCCUCAUCUUCAUUGUGCUGGAGAAGGUGGAGAAGUCCCUGCUUAGGCAGCAGGUAGAGUUGUAUCGCCUUCUCAGCAAGAACACCUACUUAGAGUGGGAGGACAAUGCUCUGGGGAGGCACAUCUUCUGGAGAAGACUCAGAAAAGCCCUGUUAGAUGGGAAAGCCUGUAAUCCAGAGGGAACAGCAGAGGAAAUAUGCAAUCACCAGGAAGCAGCAACUUGGACCUGAGGAGGACAGAACUCUUGGUGCAACUUUCAUUCUGUUUACAGCUAUUAAGAGUUACAGCUCACCUCAGGUUCUGCUGUGGACAGCAUCCCAUGAUGCACAAGGUGAAACAAGGCUGGAAACGUGCUGGACCUUACAAAGAAGAAACAAGUAACACUGUGAUGAAACACCGUACUUUCCAGGUGUGUGCUUUAACCAACUAAGGCAGAGAACUGUAAUCAAGAAAGUCAACCCCUAUCUUAUCAAACUGAAGGAAAAGAGGGUAAAGGCCAGUGAGAGCAGAAAAGAGCAUUACUCUUCCCUUGCCCUUUUGAAUAUAAACUAUAUCAUGUACUGUGUUUCAACUAAUGUAGAAGAAUUUUGGUAGUUUCUGAAUUGAACUGAACGCUUGCUUACUUUCCCUUUUUUUCCUACUGGAUGCAAUGUAAAUUCCACGGGCUCUUUUUGAGCGCUGGUGAUUUGAACUUCGUCUUCCAUUUUUACCUAAUUCUUCCAGAAAUAUGAUUAAUACAGAUAGCCUGGCCGAUUUGUAGUAUGCUGUAUUUUUAUUAAAUAAAAAUUCCUGAUAUACUUUUAUUUUUAUAAAUUUUGUUAUCAUA